AUGCACUUCUCGCCGCGCCGCCUCCUCCGCCGCCUCCGCGACAUGCUCCCCGCCGCCGCCGCCCCCGCCUCCGCGACGGCCGAAGAAAACGACCAGCGGCCGUGGGACCCGCCCUUCGACGCGUCCGCGCCGGCGCCGCCCAUCUCCUACCCCAUCACCACCCUCCCGGCGCUCGCCUCCCGCGACUACCUCUCCGAGGCCCGCAACUUCCACCUCCCCUUCAACCGCGCCUCCGCGCCGGCGCUCGCCUCCUCGCCCUGGGCCGCCCCGCUCCCGUCCAGGCCCCGCAUCCUCGCGUGCCACGACUUCUGCGGCGGGUACCGCGCCGACGCGGCGCCGCAGGGGGGCGCCGACCCGGGUGCCUACGCGCUCUGGCACUGGCACCUCAUCGACGUCUUCGUCUACUUCUCCCACUACCUCGUCACGCUCCCGCCGCCGUGCUGGGUCAACGCCGGCCACCUCCAUGGCGUGAAGGUUUUGGGAACGUUCAUCACGGAGUGGGAGAAAGGUGCAGAAAUCUGCGAGGAGAUGUUUGCCACCGAGGCUUCUGCCCAAAUGUAUGCCGAAAGACUCACAGAGCUGGCUGCUUACUUGGGCUUUGAUGGCUGGCUGAUCAAUAUCGAGGUUAAACUUGACAUACGAUUCAUCGAUAACCUGAAAGAGUUUAUCAAUCAUCUAACCAAGACUAUGCAUGCUGCUGUUCCUGGAUCAUUAGUCAUAUGGUAUGAUGCAAUUACUGUGAAAGGUGACCUUCGCUGGCAGAAUAAGCUUAACCAGUAUAACAAGCCAUUCUUUGACUUGUGUGAUGGACUGUUUAGCAAUUAUACUUGGAUGAAAAAAUAUCCACAAGAAUCAGCUGCAGUUGCUGGUGAAAGGAAGUAUGAUGUGUACAUGGGUAUUGAUGUUUACGGACGAAAUACUUUCGGUGGUGGUCAAUGGAAUACAAAUGUUGCCCUUGAUAUACUCAAGAAAGAUGAUGUCUCAGCUGCCAUAUUUGCACCUGGGUGGGUGUAUGAAACUAAGCAGCCACCUAACUUUCUGACUGCACAAAAUCGUUGGUGGGGUCUCGUUGAAGAAUCAUGGGGUGUUCUUCAGAGUUAUCCAAAACAGUUGCCUUUUUACUCUGAUUUUGAUCAGGGUCAUGGUUACCAGGUGUCAAUUGAAGGGCUCAAAGUCUCCAGUGCUCCAUGGAACAAUAUUUCUUGCCAAAAUUUUCAGCCUAUGCUUAAAUACGCUAUAGAUCAAGGUCUGCACACUGUUAUCAAUUUCGAGGAUGAACCAUACAGUGGAGGGAACUGUGUAACAAUUAAAGGAAGUCUCCAGCAGAACGAGAUUUUCUCAGAACAGCUUUUUAAUGGGGGGCUUUCCAUGGAUGGUGGAUCUCUACAUGUGUUUUAUUCAGUAAAAGCUGAUGCACGCUCUGGUUUAGGAUUGACCCUGGAUUUGUCACACAGAAACAAGGAGAACAGCUCCAUUCUUAUUGCAGACGACACAGAAGCAUUCACAAGAAAGGAACAACACCGAAAAUAUGGCUCAUACGUUAAAGCUGAUAAGGCGGAUCCACACAUUCCAGCUGGCCAAAAUUGGGUCAUCUACAAAGCAACAAUCCAUCCCAGUACCAGCUUCACAUUAACUGGAAUCAAUGUAGUCAGCACAAUCAAAACCACUGGCAGAUUUGAUCCGGAAACAGAUGGAGAGGGAAGCUCAGAAGCAGGUGCAAACAGGUCAUUGCAUUACCAUGCAUCGCUUGGCCAUAUUAGCAUCCGGAAUACUGAAAAAACAGAGUUCCCUCCAGCAAAAUCAUGGGUGACAGAAGGCGAGAACAUUGCAUGGUCGAAUAGUACAGACAGUUCUAAACUUGUAAGCCUGAAAAUCAGUUGGAAGCUGAAUAAUGAACAACAGGCAUCAUUCAUGAGGUACAAUGUCUAUGUUGAGAAGUUAACGGCAGGUUCAAAUGCUAAGGCUUCCAGAAUUUUUCUUGGAGUUGCCAGCGUCCAAGGCUUCUAUGUAUCUGACCUACAGGUCCCUAACGAAGUCAGUGGUCUGAAAUUUGUCAUUCAACCGUGUGGGCUUGAUGGGAGUUGCCAAGAACUGGGCGAGUGCCCAAAGUUUCUUUUGGUUCCAGUUGAUUCUGCCGUGUAGCAUUUUCUGCCUACCUAUUUGUUUCCACUCAUGUAUGCUUUCAAACUACUGUAUGUUUCAAAAGAAUAAAUUUCGUUCCAGGCAUGAACAUGUAUGACGGGUACAACUACAACCUAGUACAGGUUUAUGCAAAACAAAUGCAAAAUUUCCGGACACUGAACUAGCUUAGUAGAUGCAGACAAGGGCCAAACAGGUGAUGGGUCUACAUGGAUGAAUUGUUCCUGACAAACAUAAAUCACCAUUCGAAUGUAAAAGCCAAAUGUAUCAUAGGAAAUGAGCAAAUUAUUUUUGCAUACAAACAUCAAUUUUCACAGUGUCCCAAAAUGAAGGGUUUAAGGUUUACACUG